UUAAUCCAAUGUCUUAUUGAACAAUAGGCUCACGAAGUCGUCUCAUUAGAAAUAUUGACACUUUUGUUGGAGAACGCGACCAACGAUUCGGUGGAAGUGGCCAUCGCUUUCCUAAAGGAAUGCGGCGCUAAGUUAGACGAACUCUCCCGAAGAGGCUUUUCAGCAAUCUUCGAGAGGCUGAGGAAUAUCCUACACGAGGGACAGUUGGAUAAAAGGGUUCAAUACAUGAUUGAAGUGAUGUUUGCCAUCAGGAAAGACAAGUUCAAAGACCACCCGUCGGUGAUCGCAGAGCUGGAUCUGAUUGAAGAGUCGGAACAGUUCACACAUUUGAUAACAUUGGACGAACCGGCGGACAGUGAAGACAAAAUAAAUGUCUUUCAAUUUGACAAUAACUUCCAGGAAAGCGAAGAGAAAUACAAAGCCAUCAGAAAAGAGAUUUUAGACGAAGAGUCCACUGAUGACGAAGAAGACGGCUAUCAGUCGUCGAAUGAGGACGAAGACGAUGACGAGGACGAAGAGGAGGACGAGGCCACUGACUCGACCACAAUCAUAGACAACACCGAAACCACAUUAAGAACUCUUCGGCGAGACAUAUACCUCACGAUUCAGUCGUCGCUAGACUUUGAGGAAUGCGCGCACAAACUGUUGAGACUUGAGCUAAAGCCCGGACAGAUUGUAGAGCUCUGUCACAUGAUUGUCGACUGUGCGGCACAACAGAGAACUUAUAUGAAGUUUUACGGACUGUUAGCCCAACGGUUCUGUCAGUUAAAUAGCGAUUACGCGGAACCGUUCACAACGAUAUUCAAGAGCUGUUACGACACUAUCCAUCGAUUCGAGACAAAUAAGUUGCGAAAUGUGGCCAAACUUUUU